CAGUCUCGCCAGGUCGAUUGGAGUGGAAGUACACCAGCAAGACGCUUUUUUGCCACACGGAGAGAUCUCUUUUGCGCGAUCGUUUCAAAGCUCAAAAUUCAACUUUUUAAAAAAGCGUCGCGUUUUCCAAUCUCUGUGAUAGGAUUUUUUCUCUCUCUCAAAAAGUUCUCUUCACCCCCAAAAAAAAGUUUUUUUUUGGUGGGAAUUUCUUUUUACUCACAUUUUUUGAAAAAGAAAAAAGAAAAGCUCAACAGUGUGUGUGUUACGAGAAAAUUUAAAAGAAAAUCCUGAACUAUCGGAGAUUUUUGUGACUUUACUCGCAAAUAUGCAAUAAACUCAUCGUACCAACGGCAUUUUAUGCUGUACCUUUUUGCCUGAAAAAGGAAGAAAAGUUAUCCUGAACAGCAUAAUUAGAGUGAAAUAUGUUAAUUUGUGCCCAAUUAGUGUGACAGAUACUGUGUGGAUUUUAUUGAUCAAAUGAUCGCGAUAAGAGAGGAAAUAAUUGAGAAGUAAAUGCAAUUUUCAAGCAGAGAUCACUAAACGAUCACCAAAAAGACACUAUAGAGAUAUCAAAGGGACAAAAUCUUGAACUUCAUCGUAUUUUCAACUAAAAAAAAAAAUGAAGACCUAGCCCAAGAACUGUGAGUGAUCGUGAAGAGAACCCAUAAAGGAAGGCACCAAGAAAACUGUGUCACCACAAGCGUGGGGAACAUUGCUGGAAGAAAGUUUGUGAAGAUAUCGCAAAUUACAAAUUCCACACACAAUUUUUUUCUUCUUCUUUUCAAGCCCCAGCAUGAAUGAUUGUGAUAAAGCGUAGUGCAACUGCGGUAGAACUGAUAUCAAACUGAUAAGAAAUAAAAAAGCUCUCGAAGGAAUCGUCAAAGUUAUUUUUUUUCUCAUUUUAGUUACUUCUCUUCCAAUAUAUUCAAUUCUCAUUCUUAUUCCUUCUUCGCAAAACGAUUUUCUUCGUAUAUUCUUCUGCGUAUAUCUGCCAUCUACGUGAUCGUGGUGCGUAAAGAGGUUUCGCGGAAUAUCAUUUUGACAUACAAGCAAAUUAAUACCAUAUAGAGGCUCUCUCUCCUAAACUUUACGGACUAUUAAAAAAAAUUCUUGUGCGUGUGCAUAAACGAAGAGAUAGACAAGUAGAGAUUGUACUUUAUAAAGUGAUUGGUGGGUGAAUUAAUUUUCUUCUAUCUGCACUCCUUAUUUAAUUCAUCCUCCCCCGUCCUUCAGCGAAGAAUUUAAUCAGAGAGACCUUUUUUCGUGCAUAAAAUCAGUGUGAUCGCAAUCGUCCAGAUGUGGAUGAUCAAGUGAUAUCCGCACCUAUCGCCACCCGCGCACAGCUCUAUAUGGAUACAGUAGGAGAUCAAAUUGUGCCGUCGUCAAAUUUGUGGGUAAUGCAGUCACCAGAACUAGAGUAUCGGCAUGAGCUGAUGGGCCGACUUCACAAAUUGGACACAGACAUUGAACUCGAGGUUGUGCAGCACCACCAGAUUGGCGACUCACCCGAUGCCGGAGGAUCCAGUGCGAUCAGCGGAAGUACCUUUAGCGGGGGACAUCAUCAAAUCUACGAGAGCUAUGGCAGAGAUUUCUUUUUCGGCACCAAAGGCAAAGAGAUCCUCUGCAAUGAGGUGGAUGAUUCCUUCCUACGGCCACCCCUGUGGGAGGAUAUCACGAGUUCCAUACAGAAUAUUGAUCCUGAGAAUGCAAUUAUGCUGGGCACGAUAGCAGGAGCUACACAAGUAAAACUGGAAGCAUCCGAUGAUCACCUGUUGGAGCCUCUAGCGUCCCCCCUUCUCAGUCCGUUGGAGAUAAAAACCGAAAAAACCCACCCGCAGCAGCAUCAGAGUCUCUCGAGUUCAUCUCUGCACCAACCACCCACGGGGCAUCAUACCCAGAAUGGUGGUGCACUCUACCACCUUCCCCCAUCGGGGUAUCCACCACCGCAGCACCCACACCAACCCCAUGGACUGCAGGGGCCACUAAAUGGCUACUUGGGGCCCACGACAAAUGGCAAUCACCCCCACAAUGGUGGCCAUGUUCACAUACCAAAUUCCACACAGGGCAGCUACUACAGCUGGCAGCAGAAUCAUCCACAUGUGAGUAGAGCAUCUGCCGUCACGGUGAUCCCCCUGCCUGAUGGUCCUUGUCUCCCGGUGCAGAACUACCACACAAAGAUGUCGCCGCAGAAUUCGAAUUUCUGUGCACCCAUCUCAAGGCUCAUGUACGUCCCGCCGCUCACACCGCCAAGCUCAGACCCCGGAAGUCCGGGGAACUCCCUGCAGGGCCCCCCGCGCCGAACACCACCGCCACCAUACCUACAGCAAUCGGCACCAUCGCACCCAGUCUCCAUGUCCGGCAAUGCGUCACACACGACGUCGGUACAUGCAUCCACCGGCAGCCAGCAUCCGGCAACACCAAAUGGAAUCCCCAGUGGAGGUGGCGGCAGCCUACCAAACCACAGGAACAGCGCGUCCUCGGCAAUUGUUCUGCAGGGGGCACAAGUGAAGAUUGUUGGCAAAUACAAUCGACGGAAUAAUCCGGAGUUGGAGAAGCGGCGGAUACAUCACUGUGAUUUUCUCGGAUGCGCAAAAGUCUACACAAAAAGUUCACACCUCAAAGCCCAUCAGCGAAUUCACACAGGUGAAAAACCCUACACGUGCCAGUGGCCAGAAUGUGAAUGGAGAUUUGCAAGAUCAGACGAACUUACCCGCCACUACAGGAAGCACACAGGUGCAAAGCCAUUCAAGUGUGUAGUUUGCGAACGCAGCUUUGCCAGGAGUGAUCAUUUGGCGCUCCACAUGAAGAGGCAUUUGCCUAAAAAUAAAUAGGUUUUCCUCCGCAAUGGUAGCACCAGGCGUCUCCACCGACAAACUAUCUUAAUGUUUAAAAAAAAACGUAUGUAAUGACAAGAAAUUUUUAAACUUCUCUCAAUCCUAGGGA